AUGGUGGCCAAACGAAAAUCGUUUUUCCAUGAACAGAAAUUUGUCAUCUUGGCAAUUCUAGCUGUUUUUAUCGGGUUUUCAGUUGGACUGUUAAUAAGGGAAUUCAAUGUCUCCUCAUCGCUACAAACCCUCAUCUUUUUCCCGGGGGAAAUUUUUAUGCGGCUCUUGAAGCUAUUGGUGCUGCCAUUGGUGUGCGCAUCAUUAAUUUCCGCUUUGGCCCAGCUGCAUCCGGACACCGCCAAGAAGCUCGGCUUGCGGAGCGUUUUGUAUUAUUUGUUCACGGCGGCUAUGGCGACCUGCAUUGGACUAACGCUGGUGCUGAUUAUCCACCCCGGAAAUCCAUCGAUCAAGGGUGGAAAAGUGGUACCUAGACCUCACGAUCACAGUCAUGAAGCUCUGGACAACAUCUUAGACAUGAUACGGAAUCUCAUCCCGGAAAAUAUCAUUGGGGCUGCUAACAGCCGAGAUCAAACGAAGAUUUCGCGGAAUCGGAGUGGCUUUCCGGUUAAACACGUCGAGAAAGUGGAGGGGCUGAAUAUUCUUGGAAUCAUCACGUUUUGCGCGUUGAUUGGGAUUGGGACUUCAAAGCUGCGACACAUCGGUGAGCCUGUGCGUAACUUUUUUGGGUCCCUCGAGACGAUUGUGAUAUAUCUAAUCGAAGGUGCUAUGUGGACAGCUCCCUUCGGCAUUACCAGUCUGGUAGCGGCAAGUAUCGCGGAAGUUGAAGACAUCUUCACCACCUUCCAAAUCCUCGCCACCUACGUUGCCACAGUACUCCUUGGACUGACUAUUCACAUUUUGGUCGGGGUUCCGAUGGUUUACAUAGUCGUGACCCGCAAUAAUCCCCUACCCAUCAUGAAGGCGAUGUUGCCCGCGUUUAUGACGUCGCUGGGAACGGCGUCAAGUGGUGCUGCAUUGCCUGUUGGGCUGCAAUGUAUGGAGGGGGUUGCGGAUUCAAGAGUGACAAAAUUUGUGCUUCCUCUAGGUGCAUCGACAAAUAUGGAUGGGAACGCGCUCUAUGAAGCUGUGGCUGCCAUUUUUAUAGCGCAGAUUAAUGGGAUCGAGUUGACGUUGACAGAGGUGGUGACGAUUAGUAUAACAGCCACCCUCGCCUCAGCCGGACUAAACGCCGUCCCGGCCGGCCUCGUGUCGAUGCUGGUGAUUUUAGAGACAGUCGGACUUCCGGUUGCCGACAUCAAGACAAUUAUCGCAGUGGAUUGGUUACUAGACCGAAUCCGUACUGCCAUUUGCACGAUGGCCGAUGGGCUGGUGGCAUCCGCUGUUGGGCAUAUGGUAAAUUUGGACCCCCUCGAGGGUGAAGAUAUGGAGGAAUUGCAGGAAAAAGAAGACACCUACAAGAUUGGAGAUUGCGUGCAUACGCAUCUU